CUGAAACGUUUCAAACGGAGUGCAUUUGGCCGCCCCUUUGAAGCGUUUUAAUGACUACUGGAAUCUACUUUCAUUUUCUGGAACCUACUAGUUUCCUGCCCUACAGUUUCUAGCUCACUUUGUGACUGUCAGAUACCAAAUAUGGAGGGUGCCCAGGUUCAUGAUUCUGUGAAGGACUACUACGGCAAACAACUUAAGACGGUGGAUGACCUGAAAACCCAGGCAUGUGUGACGGUGGGGAAGAAGGUCACUAAACCUGUCCGUGAGGCCGUGGCUGCAGUUCAUGAUGAAGUAGCUUCCAAGUACUAUGGAUGUGGGCUGGUGAUUCCAGAGAAGUUGGAAGGAAUGAAGAUUCUCGAUUUAGGGAGUGGAAGUGGGCGUGACUGUUUUGCUCUAAGCAAGCUGGUUGGACCAAAUGGUCAUGUGACUGGAAUUGACAUGACAGAUGAACAGAUAGCUGUUGCUCGAAACUACAUAGACUACCACACAGAAAAGUUUGGCUAUAAAGAGGCCAACACUGACUUUGUGCAGGGCUACAUUGAACGACUGAGAGAGGCGGGGCUUAAGGAGAAUUACUAUGACAUCAUCAUUUCAAACUGUGUGAUCAACCUUUCUCCAGACAAAAGAGCAGUUCUUCAGGAGGCUUACAAUGUGUUAAAGGAGGGUGGCGAGUUUUACUUCAGUGACAUUUAUGCAGACAGACAGCUGGAGGAUUCUGUCAGGAAACACGAAGUCCUGUGGGGCGAGUGUAUUUCCGGAGCCUUGUACUGGAAGGAUUUGUUUACAUUAGCUGCUGAAAUCGGCUUCAGUCGACCAUACCUGGUAUCUGCAGCACCUGUACCUAUUGACAGAGAGGACUUCAAACAGAUCCUUGGUGAUGCUCGUUUUGUGUCUGUGACGUACCGCCUCUUUAAACUGCCACCUUCAGCUGACGGUGCUCUGACACAAGUCAUAUACAACGGCGAAAUAGCCGGGUAUGAGGAGGAAUUCACGUUCGAUCAUCAGCACAUAUUCAAGAAGAAUGAUAUUGUCAUGGUACCUGGACCAGUUUCUACAUCUCUGAAAUGUUCCCGAUUCUCGGAUGAGUUUGACUACCAGCCAGUCCCCAAGAAAUCCUGUGGCACAGACAAUAAUGGAACUACUGACAAGGUGGAGUUUGAGGACCCCUUUGAAUACCUGGAGAACCUGGCCAAGAAAGGACAGAAAGUGGAAUCGUCAUGUUGUGGAGGAUCUACAAAGUGUUGCUGAAACUUCACAAGUCGACAGUUUAUAUAAUCAUAAACAUGUAGAGAGUGGGAAUUAUGUACACAGAAUCAAUAUGAACAGGCAGUUUUAGCUAAAUCAGUAGUUGCUAUAUCAUUUUACUUACAUUUACCAAUAUUUUGUCAAUGAUCAGCCUUUGCUAGUUCAAUGUUUUGUCAAUGAUCAGUAUUUGCUAGUUUAAUAUUUUGUCAAUGAGAAUCCUUUGCUAGUUCAAUUAAUUUUGUCAAUGAGAAUCCUUUGCCAAUUCAAUGUUUUUAUAAUUAUUCAUAUCUUCAUAUACAUUUAGGAAUUCAUGUUUACAUUACAAAGUGUCUUACUAUGUAUUGGAAAGUUUUUCAGAGCAUACAAAUCUUAAUGGUUUUUUUUUAAUUUUACAAUUCUAAGUUUGUUUUUUUUUUAUGAGGGAAUUCAAAAACAAUGGAAGCCUGGGUGAUUUUUUGUUGUUGAAUAUUUAUCUUUGUACAAGGAUACAAACUGUGUAUAUUAAUGUAUAUGUGCUUAUUAUACAUGAUAAUCACUUUGUUACGCUUGUUAUUAUGUUGUUUAAUAAUAGACGGGUAGAAAAAAUGAACUUGUAGACAUUACUCUUGUCUGACAGGGGCAUGCCAGCGAGAGAAAAGCAGUGCAUUGUGUCAUAAUUUCUUGUUUUGUCUAGAAAAAGCAGUGCAUGUCAUCAUUUCUUGUGUUGUAUAGAAAAAGCAGUGCAUAAUGUCAUCAUUUCUUGUGUUGUCUAGAAAAAGCAAUGCAUAAUGUCAUAAUUUCUUGUGUUGUUUAGAAAAAGCUGUGCAUGUCAUCAUUUCAUGUGUUGUCUACACAUUCUACAAACAUGUUGCUAUUGGUGCACAUUAAGGUCAAUAAUCUAUGUGUAAGUAAUUAGACUGUGGUUUUGUUAUUUAGAUGAUAUCAGACUUAUCCAAUAAGUGAGUCAUAUAUAUUUGGUGCUAUACAUUCACUCGAACACAUGCACCACUGCACUGUAAGGGUCAGUAAAUAGCUAUGCAGAGCUAAUGUUAAAUUGUUAUAUACCAUGUCUGACAUAAUAUUUGAAUUUUUGUUGUAUCACUGAAUGCUUUUAACCCUGAAUCAUUGUUAGAUCAGCUUAGCAUUUCUUAUCAAAGUUUGUCCCUUGUUUUUCUGUUGUCUGUCCGUUAACUCUUCACAUUUUUUACUUCUCCAACAUUACCCACUACUGAGCCAAUUUCAGCCAAAUUUGUUAUUAAAAGUAUCUUUGAGUAAAAGGGAUUCAGGUUUGAUGAUUUUUUUGUUUUUACAAAAAUAUGAAAAUAGGGUGAAUAUUUAAAACAAUUGCAUGGAAAUUUCAUUAGAUAGUUUAGAUUUAAGUUUGUUAAGUUUUGACACCUGGGACCACAGUAGGAGUUUUAAAGUUUUACUUAAAAUGAAAAAUCUUCUGAGGGUAGACUUUGUGAUAUCAAUAUUCAAGCAUUCUCAUGUAGUGUAGAUUCAUGUCCAUUCAAUCAUGAUGCCCAAUACCCAGGUGGGGCUACAUUAGGGUGUUAAUGUGUUGUAUAGGAAUAUAGAGGAAAAUUCUUUAAAAAUCUUUUUGACAAGGCUAUAAGUUGUCACAUUAUUAUGUAAGCAUUUUCAUAUAGUGUAAAUUAUCAUGAUUACUGGGGUCAGACUAGGGGCACUAGAGGGAUGUGAAAUUUUACAUGAUUACUGGGGUCAGAGUACUAGAGGGAUGUAAAAUUUUAUGAUUACUGGGGUCAGACUAGGGGCACUAGAGGGAUGUAAAAUUUUACAUGAUUACUGGGGUCAGACUAGGGGCACUAGAGGGAUGUAAAAUUUUACAUGAUUACUGGGGUCAGACUAGGGGCACUAGAGGGAUGUAAAAUUUUACAUGAUUACUGGGGUCAGACUAGGGGCACUAGAGGGAUGUAAAAUUUUACGAUUACUGGGGUCAGACUAGGAGCACUAGAGGGAUGUAAAAUUUUACGAUUACUGGGGUCAGACUAGGAGCACUAGAGGGAUGUAAAAUUUUACUUAGGAAUAGAUAGGGAAAUUCUUCAUAUAUUUCUCUUCAAUAACCAUCGGCACACUUUAUGUAGGAUUAUUAUGCACUCCUCAUCAUAUUGUAAAGAUUUGAGACUGUUCACAUCAUGAUCCUCGGGAGAUACAAUGGGGCUGUAAUUGGGAUUUAAAGUUUUACAUAGGGAAAACAAUGCUCAGGUGAGUGAUAUGGCCCAUGGGAACUUGUUUUAGUUUACCUCUUUGUUUGAAAAGCAGAUAAACAGAGAUAUAUGUGUUUUAUUUUUAGACCAUUCUUGAAUCUUGUAGUCACUUGAUACAGAUACACGUAUUGAAAUUAUUUGCUGCUUAAUGUAGUAAUUUACAUAUUUUAUGAUAAUUAGCAGACAGAUGUAGCAUAUUAUAUAGUGGGAUAUUUGCUGGUUUACAUUAAUGAUGGUUAGCAGAUGGAUAUAUAACAUCUCAUUGAGUGGUGUGUGCUGGUUGAAUGGGUUAGCCCAGGUCAGUAGAGUUAACUUGUUUGAUUUAUACGCGUCUUCCAUGUUUGGUUGUGUUUUCCAUAGAAAUUUUAGACUGUAUAGAAAUUGUUUGAUUUACUGUAUGGAGAUGUUCAUGCUUUGCAUUGUUAAAAUCAGGAUGCUUUACUUGUCGGAAUAAUUAAGGAACAUUAAUCAGGUAGUUCUGCAAAGCAAACAGAACUGAUGUAAUCAAAUUGAUUUAAUUAAAAAUGUUAAUUAACAGAGCAAAGCACUGUUUAUAUGAUUAAUGUAGUCUAAUAAAAAAGUUUUCCAAAUA